AUGCCUCGUUUGAGUAACCAUGCCAAUCGGCAUGCGCCUGAACCUCAGAAGAAGUCUCACGACGAUGACCAAACCCCGCCAAGUGAAUACACGUCACUGCUGCCUAAGCCACUUCCAGACCCAGAGGAUGUGCUGCAGGGAGACAACAUUGGCUUUGAGGAUGAUAGUAAUCCCAUACGCCUGCGACAACUCCUGACCGAAUUUUGGACACUCACCAUCAACUCUGUCCCGGUGAUCGUGGCCUACACUUUACAGAUGAGCCUGCAGACAGCUACCGUCGUGAUCAUCGGGCAUUCCUCACCGAUGAAUCUUGCGGUCAGCGCUUUCUCGAUGAUGUUCGCGCUCGUCACCGGGUGGAUGAUCGCUCUUGGUGGGACAACAGCGCUGGACACGCUCGCUUCCUCCACGUUCACGGGGAGCGGCAACAAACAUGACCUGGGGAUUCUGCUUCAACGGGCAUUUCUCGUUCUGGGAAUGAUGUAUAUCCCCGUUGCUGUGCUGUGGGUGUGCUCCAAUUCGUUUUUCCAAGCGCUCGGACAGGACCCAGAAUUGUCGUAUCAGACCUCUCGUUUUUUGACAGCACUGGUCCCGGGUGGUCUGGGGUACAUUUAUUUUGAGACGAUGAAGAAAUACUUGCAAGCACAGGGUAAGUCACCCGGUACUGUUCACGGAAUCAUGAGAGCCGGAACCUAUGUUCUCAUGAUCACAUCGCCACUUAAUGCGGGCCUGUGUUAUUGUCUGUGUUAUAAUUUCAAUUUUGGAUUGAUGGCCGGUCCGAUUGCCGCGGGAAUCUCGUACUGGCUGUCGUUUUUCUUGUUAGUGUUGUACGCGCGCUUCAUCGCUGGGUCUGAAUGCUGGGGUGGCUGGUCAAGGAAAGCAUUUGAGAACCUGGGGACUUUUGCGAAGCUCGCUAUCCUGGGAUUCUUCCACGUUGGCACAGAGUGGUGGGCGUUUGAGAUUGUUGCCCUGGUCGCCGGACGACUAGGGACUAUUCCACUCGCCGCACAGAGUGUGAUCAUGACGGCAGAUGGCAUUCUCAACACCAUUCCCUUUGGCCUGGGAGUUGCAACCUCAUCGCGGUUGGGCAAUCAACUCGGUCUGCGCAAUGCCAAAGGUGCCUCAGUGACUGCUCACUCCUCGGCAGUCUUGUCUAUCAUCUAUGGCGCAGUGGUCUUGACAGUCCUUAUGGCAACUCGCGACCACUUUGCGAAGAUCUUUAACAACGAUCCUCGUGUUGUUGAUCUGGUGGCUGAGAUCAUGCCGUAUGUGGCACUGUUCCAGAUUGCGGAUGGACUGAAUGGAAGUUGUGGUGGAAGUCUUCGAGGCAUGGGACGACAACAUCUCGGUGCGGCAGUCAAUAUCGUAAGUUAUUACUGCUUUGCUCUGCCCUUGGGCAUUUAUCUAGCGUUCCAUGGUUGGGGACUUAAGGGUCUCUGGGUCGGGCAGUGUAUUGCGCUUUACUGUGCUGGAAGCCUGGAAUGGCUUCUGGUUGCGUUGACACAGUGGGACUCACAGGUUGAAAUUGCUUUUAGCAGGAUGGAUCCCUCUCAUUAG